AUCCAGACGAUGGCGCUGCUAAAGACCUCACAGCAGUAUUCCCUGAAACUUCGCGAUGACAAGUCGCUGGCUAUUUUUGUGCCUUCUGCUGUAUGUGGGCGCCAAGGAGGCCCUCUCUGCCAGCACAGUCAUGGAUAACUUGGGCGAUGGCUUGAAGAUGGCCGGACAAAUGUUUGGCAUUAAUACGGCCGCCGAUGUGGCCAAUCUGGUGGCCCAAGCCUUCUCCCGGGGAAAGCCUUCUGGUUUGAUGAACAUCCUACAGCACGGCUUUCAGCCGCCAGACUAUCAGCAGGAGGAUCAAUCGGAGCAGCAGCCGGAGCCAGAGAAUGCCCAGGAGGAGCCGCCACAGGAGGAGGACAAUACUCGCAGGCCUCCACCGUUUCUGGCCAACUUUGAUAGCGGACAAAUGCUGACAAAUAUGUUGCGAAUGGUGGGCUUUGAUGCCCGCAAACUGGGCGCUCUGGCACUUAAUGCACUCAUCAUGAUUGCCCAGGCGAUUGGCAGCACGUUGAUGCAGGCCACAAGGGGUGGAGGAAAUGUCGCCAAUGCCGGAGCGGCCUUCGAGGGACCUGAGGCGCUGUACGAACCAAACGAUCAUCAGCCGCGUGACUUGUCUCUGGGUUCGCCCAUAGAUUGGUUCCUCCAGCGACCGGGGGCGCACAGCAAACGUUUGCUGGAUCGCAUCAUGGAUAAGGAUCUGCCCGAACAAAUACUGGACAUGAUCGAGUCGAAGGAGGACCGAGAGAUGGGCCACGAGGCCGGCUGCCUGAAAAUGCUCAUGUGCAAGAGCAAGCCCAUCAUUUGGGGCAUGCAGAACUCCCUGCAGAAGCGUUUGGCUGGGGAGCCCGAGCUGCCAGAGGAGCAGGAUAAUCAAAGCUACUUCAACAAGGGAAUAUUCUUCAAGUAUCUGCCCAGCCUGAAGGACUUCAGGGAGCACAGUGCCGGCUGCGAGACGCGCUUCAAUGACACAUGCCCCAGGAAUGCAACGACGAAUGAGUAUUAAUUUUAGAAAAUCAAAACAAGGGCAACCUUU